UUCCUCAUCUGUGAAGCCGGGACAUGGGUGGCCGCCUCCCUGGCUUUGGGGAAGGGCUGAGGAAGGAGCAGUGGGGGCAGCCACGGCGCCCGGCUUGCCCGGGUCUCACCCCCUCCUCCCCACCUAGCACACAGGAAGUGCGCCGGAACCGCGCGGACAGGCUCCGCAGAGGCCACGCCCAGGCCGGAGGGGGCCGAUAACUCGGGUUCCACACGCCUGGGCCGCAAGUCCAGUCGUUUGUCAGCAGGAGGUCGUGCCGGAGGAAGGGGUUACCCAAUCCGGUGUCGAAAGGCGCCGCACCAGUGCGGCUGUGCAGCACCCUGCUGGUUGGAUAAGUGCCCUCGGAAGUGGGCGGCCGGGGAAUUCUUGCCUGAGGAAUUUUGUGAAACUUGGGGAAACUGAGUCCCACUGACGCAGUGUGGACCCAGGCCUGACGCUCGGCCGCCCGCACCCUGCCCGAGCGUCGCGGCGGGGUGGGGGCGGGGUUGGAAGUUGGCAGGGAGAGGGCACCGUCGGCGCGGGGCGGGCCGGGUCACGUGACGCCGGAGGCCGCCACCACGUGGGCCGGGCUGGGCGGCGCCGCUCCCUCCGGCCCCGCAGGUCCAGCGACGGUCCCAGGUCGUCACCCCGGCCCUGGGUCAUUCCCUCCCCCUGACCCCGCGGCCCCGCCCCCAGGCGGUGGAGCCCCGACGGCAGCUCCCAGCGGCGCCUUCGGGGGACAGAUGGGACGCAGGAGGCCUCGGCGGCUGCACCCAGGCUCUGAGCUGCCCUAGGUCUGCAGACUGGCUGGGCGUGGGCCACAGACAUGGCCUUUGUCCUCAACGUCCCCGAGAUCUCAGAGGACCAUGACCGGGAGCCCAGUCCCUACGAUGAGAACGAAGUACAUGACUCCUUCCACCAGCUCAUCCAGGAGCAGAGCCAGUGGGCGGAGCUGCAGCUGAGGGAGCUGGGGGCCGGAGCCCCGGGGACCUCGGACAGGGGCCGCCAGGCCCCCCUGGGGCCCGAGGAUGCUGCUGCCCCCAGCACGGCCACGCUCCGCAUCCUGGCCAGCAUGCCCAGUCGCACCAUCGGCCGCAGCCGUGGGGCCAUCAUCUCCCAGUACUACAACCGCACGGUGCAGCUUCGGCGCAGGGUCACCCGGCCCCAGCUUGGGGGCGCGGGGCGCUCAGCCCGGCCCAGCCUCCGCCUCUAUGACCUGGAGCUGGACCCCGCGGCCCUCGAGGAGGAGGAGAAGCGCUCCCUCCUGGUGAAGGAGCUGCAGGGCCUGACGGUGGCCCAGCGGGACCACAUGCUGCGGCGGAUGCCCUUGGGCCUGGCUGAGAAACGCUGUCUGCGAGAGGAGAGCCGGACCCUGACGGGGAAACACAGGGGCGGCCGCGGCCAGCGUGGGCUCUUCCCCUGCUGUGGCCAGCUCCGCGACACCUGUGUCCUGGUCCUGCACAGCCUGGGGCUGGGGCUGCUGGCCGGCCUGCACCGCCUCAUGCCCUGGCACUACGCCCUGAAGCGGAUCGGGGGCCAGUUUGGCUCCAGCGUCCUCUCCUACUUCCUCUUCCUCAAGACCCUGCUGGCUUUCAACGCCCUCCUGCUGCUGCCCGUGCUGGCCUUCGUCGUGGGCGUGCAGGCCGCCUUCCCGCCACCGGCCUCCUUGGGCUCCGUCCCCGCCUUCACCGGCCUGGAGCUGCUCACCGGCGGGGGCCGCUUCACCCACAGCGUCCUGUACUACGGCUACUACAGCAACAGCACGCUGAACCAGCCGUGCGCGCCCCCGGACGGCGGUCAGUGCGGCCCCGAGAGCCCCAGCCUGCCCUACAACAUGCCCCUGGCCUACCUCCUCACUGUGGGCGUGGCCUUCUUCGUCACGUGCGUCACCCUGGUGUACAGCAUGUCCCGCUCGUUUGGGGAGAGCUACCGCGUGGGCAGCGCCUCCGGGGUCCAUGCCGUCACGGUGUUCUGCACCUGGGACCACAAGGUGACUCAGAAACGGGCCUCCCGUCUCCAGCACGACCACAUCCGAACCCAUCUGAAGGAGCUGCUGGCCGAGUGGCAGCUGCGGCAGGGCCCCCGGAGCGCGUGCGGGCGGCUGCGACAGGUGGCCGCGCUGGGCCUCGUGUGGCUGCUGUGCCUGGCCACCACGCUAGGCUGCACCGUGGCUGUCUACGCCUUCUCGGAGCUCAUGAUCAAGAGCCCCGUGUCUGCUGACCAGGAGGGGGCGCUGCUGGCCCUGCCGGCGGUGGUCUGCCUCCUCAACCUGGGGGCCCCCUACCUGUACCGCUGUCUGGCGACCCUGGAGCAUCACGAUUCCCCGGUGCUGGAGGUGUAUGUGGCCGUCUGCAGGAACCUCAUCCUCAAGAUGGUCAUUCUGGGGGUUCUUUGCUACCACUGGCUGGGCCGCAGGGUGGGCGCCCUGAGGGACCAGUGCUGGGAGAACUUUGUGGGCCAGGAGCUAUACCGGCUCACGGUGCUGGAUUUCAUCUUCGUGCUGCUGGACACGCUUUUCGGGGAGCUGGUGUGGAGGCUCAUCUCUGAGAGGAAGCUCAAGAGGAGGGAGAAGCCGGAGUUUGACAUUGCCGGGAACGUUCUGGAGCUGAUUUACGGGCAGACCCUGACCUGGCUGGGGGUCCUCUUCGCCCCCCUCCUCCCCGCCAUCCAGAUCAUCAAGCUGUUGCUGGUCUUCUAUGUCAAGAAGGCCAGCCUCAUGGCCAACUGCCAGGCGCCGCGCAGGCCCUGGCUGGCCUCGCACAUGAGCACCGUCUUCAUCUCGCUGCUCUGCUUCCCCUCCUUCCUGGGAGCCGCCGUCUUCCUCUGCUACGCCGUGUGGCAGGUGAAGCCCUCGAGCACCUGCGGCCCCUUCCGGACCCUGGACACCAUGUACGAGGCGGGCAAGGUGUGGGUGCGCCGCCUGGAGAAGGCGGGCCCCAGCGUCUCCUGGCUGCCCUGGGUGCACCGGUACCUGGUGGAAAACACCUUCCCCGUCUAUCUGGUGUCGGCCCUGCUGCUAGCCGUGAUCUACCUCAACAUCCAGGUGGUGAAGGGCCAGCGGAAGGUCAUCUGCCUCCUCCGGGAGCAGAUCAGCAAUGAGGGGGAAGACAAAGUCUUCUUGAUCAACAAGCUUCACUCUGUCUACGAGAGGAAGGAGCGGAGCAGGGUCGGCAGAACCCAGGAGGCUGAGAGGCUCGGGGACCAUCCGGGUGCCUGCUAGAGUGACAGGCCCGGCAGCUGUGCGUCUGCUCACAGGCCGGCCGGUGCUCGUCACCCUCCGUUUCCACGGCCCCACAGGCAGAGACGCCAACCCGGGACUGUGCACGCACCAGACGAUCCCAGUGGCCCACAGGGAGGCUGGCGGGACUCUGCAGCCCAUCAAGGCUGGAGCUGGAGCCCCCCCAGGGGACCAUGACCUGCUCCGGACUUUAUUUAUUUUGGCAAAACAUGUUUUGCAAAAUGGG